GCGCGGCGGGAGGGCCGGUGGCCGCUGCCCUGGGCGCGGGGUGUCAUGGCGGCGGCCGAGGCGGGAGUUGCGGCGCUUGCCACCGCCGUCCAGGACUUCGUGUCCGGGCAGCAGGAUGGCCGCGCCGCAGAGGUGGCGGCAGGGGUGAAAGAUGGAAGCUGGACUGUGCUGCAGCUUGUGGAAGCCCUAGGGUCUUGCUUGGAGAACACAGACCCUCGGAUGCGAGGGCGAGGCAUCCAGCUGCUGUCGCACGUCCUGCUCCAGUGUUACUCCCUGCUCCAGGAGAAGGAAGUGCUGCAUCUGGUCCUGUUCUAUGAGAACCGGUUGCAAGAUCAUCACCUCGUGAUCCCUUCAGUGCUCCAGGGACUCCGAGCGCUGAGCAUGUGUGAGGUGCUGUCCCCAGGGCUAGCAGUGUCUGUGCUCAAAGCCAUCUUCCAGGAGGUGCAUGUGCAGUCUCUGCUGCAGCUGGACCGCCACACAGUCUACAGCAUCAUCACUAACUUCAUGGGCUCCAGGGAGGAAGAGCUGAAGGGCCUGGGUGCUGACUUCACCUUUGGCUUCAUCCAGAUGAUGGACGGGGAGAAGGAUCCUCGCAACCUGCUGGUGGCCUUCCAGAUUGUGCGUGAUCUCAUUGCCAAGAACUAUGCCCUGGGUCCCUUUGUGGAGGAGCUGUUUGAAGUGACAUCCUGCUAUUUCCCCAUUGAUUUUACUCCACCCCCUAAUGAUCCUCAUGGCAUCCAGAGAGAAGACUUGAUCCUGAGCCUCCGAGCUGUACUGGCCUCCACACCCCAAUUUGCUGAGUUCCUGCUUCCUCUGCUCAUUGAGAAGAUGGACUCAGACCUACAGAGCGCCAAGCUUGACUCCCUGCAGACUCUGACCACCUGCUGUGCUAUCUAUGGGCAGAAGGAACUGCAGGAAUUCCUCCCCAGCCUCUGGUCAUCUCUGCGCAGGGAGGUGUUCCAGACAGCGAGUGAGAAGGUGGAGGCAGAGUGCCUGGCCGCGCUGCACGCCCUCUCAGCCUGCCUCUCCCGCUCUGUGCUCAGCUCUGACACUGAGGAUCUGCUCAACUCCUUCCUCAGCAGCAUCCUGCAAGAUUGCAGGCACCAUCUGUGCGAGCCUGACAUGAAGCUGGUGUGGCCGAGUGCCAAACUCCUGCAGGCAGCAGCGGGUGCCUCUCUCCGUGCCUACCACCAGGUCACCUGCACCGUUCUGCCCCUGCUGCUGGAGCAGUACACCAAGCACCCGCAGAGCAGCCAGAGAAGAACAAUUCUGGAAAUGCUUCUGGGCUUCCUGGAGUUGCAGCAGAAGUGGGGACUUGUAGAAGAAGAUGAGAACACUCUGCUGUCACUCCGAGCCUCAGUUUGCUCUGUGGUGUUCUCGGCACUGACGGAUCCCAGCGUGCAGCUGCAGCUGGUCGGGAUCAGAGCACUGACUGUCCUGGGUUCCCUGCAAGGCUUCCUGUCUCCAUCUGACCUGGAGCUGGUUGUGGAUCACCUCAUCCGUCUUGCUCUGCAUGAGGAUUCCCAGAGCAGUGAAGCAGCAAUGGAGGCAGCUGGAACUCUGGCCCCCUUCUACCCAAAGGUUUUCUCUGGCCACAUGGUACCCAGGCUUGAAGAGGAGCUGCAGUCAGAGCGGGAGGAGGAUAGCUCCCAUGACCACUGCUCCCUGCGGCAGCGCUGCCUGCAGGCCCUGGCAGCUGUGUCUACCCACACCAGCAUCGUGAAGGAGACUGUCCCUGUCCUGCUUCAGCACCUCCGGAAGGUGCAGAAAGGGAGCGAGGCCGGGAACACCCAAGGCAUGGUCUCCGUGUGCCAGAGCCUGCACCGCGUGGCCCUGCAGUGCCAGCAGGACGACGAUGGCUGCUGGUACUACCACCAGACAGUGGUACCUUGCCUGCUGGCCAUGGCCGUGCAAGCUGCCAUGCAAGAGAGCGCCCACCCACUGCUGGGCAAGGCACUGAUAGAAGAAGAGGUGCUGGCUGCCAUGGUCCCCGUCAUCAGCGCUGCCACCACUCACCUGAGCCCUGAGCUGGCUGCCCAGAGUGUGUCUCAUGUGGUGCCCCUUUUCCUGGAUGGAGAGGUCUCCUUCCUGCCCCAGAACAGUUUUCCCUGUUCCUUCCAGCCCUUUGAGGAUGGCGAGUGCUUUGACACACAGAGACGCCUCAUUGCCCUCCUCAUGGCCUUUGUCUGUUCCUUGCCCUGCAGUGUGGCAAUUCCUCAGCAGGAACGACUGCUCCGGGAGCUGCUGGCACUGAGCUGCUCCUGCAACUGCCCCUUCACAGCCACCACAGCUGCCAAGUGUUUUGCAGGGCUGGUGAACAAGCACCCAGCAGGACAGCAACUGGAUGAGAUUCUGCAGCUUGCAGUGAACAGAAUAGAGCCCAGCCUUGGGGAGGGGCCCCGACGAAUGCAGGCACUCACCUUGCUGCUCUGGGUUACCAAAGCUCUGCUGCUUCGCUACCACCCCCUGAGUUCCCACCUGACAGACAAGCUGCUGGGCCUGCUGAGCGACGUGGAGCUGGGCCCUGCGGUGGCUGACGGCUUCUUGCUGCUGAUGGCGGAGCCCCCGGAUGUGCUGCACAAGGGCUGCCACGCCGACGUGCGCAUCAUGUUCCGCCAGCGCUUCUUCACCACCAACGUCCCCAAGCUGGUGCAGGGCUUCCACGGGGCUGGUCCUGAUGUGAAGGCAAAUUACCUGAAGGGUCUGUCCCACGUGCUCAACCACCUCCCCAAGCCUGUGCUGGUGACAGAGCUGCCUAUGCUGCUUUCUCUCCUGCUUGAGGCCUUGUCCUGCACAGACCGUGUGGUGCAGCUCUCCACACUGAGUUGCCUCCAGCCACUGCUGCUUGAAGCUCCCCAGAUUAUGAGCCUGCACGUUGACACACUGGUCACAAAAUUCCUCAGCCUCACCUCCAGCCCCACCAUGGCUGUCCGCAUUGCUGCCCUGCGCUGUGCCCAUGCACUUACCAGCCUGCCUACAGCUGUGCUGCUGCCAUACAAGGCCAGAGUUAUCCGGGCGCUGGCAAAGCCUUUGGAUGACAAGAAGAGGCUGGUGCGGAAGGAGGCAGUGGCAGCACGGGGGGAAUGGUUCCUGCUGGGGAGCCCAGGCAGGUGAGCACCUUGUGUCCCAUCCCUGUGCUGACUGACAACAUGACCGGACUCCUGCCAACCCAUCCAACCGAUGCCAUGGACUCUCAGAGCCCAGUACUGCCCUGAGGGCCAGGGCUGGAGCAUGGGGGCUAGCAGAUAGCACCCCUCACCAUGGCACCUUGCUGGCACCCCUCCCUUCUUCCUGGCACCCGGAGUGGGGAA